ACACAGUACCAUGCCAGGACUUCGCUACGACAAAUUCAUUCUCUUUGGAGACUCAAUCACCCAAUUCAGCAAUAGCCAACAAGAUGGAUUCGCAUUCCAACCGGCAAUUCAGGAUCUUUAUCAACGUAAGCUUGAUGUGAUCAAUCGUGGUUAUUCCGGAUACAAUUCGAACCAUGCUCGUGAAAUUCUUCCUGAAAUCCUCAAAGCCGAACUUAAUCUGGCCAAAGAUAAUGUCAAACUCUUGACUAUUUUCUUUGGUACUAACGAUGCAUUCCAAAUUGAGGACGAAACCAACAAGGUUCAAUCAGUCGAGGUUGAAAAAUAUAAAGAAAAUUUGAAUGCGAUGGUUGAACUAGCAUUGGCUAACAAUAUCAAACCGGUGAUUGUUGGACCUGGUAUUCAUGAUUGUAAACGAGUUCGUCUUUUUUUCACAGACAGACCUACGGAAAAAGCCCCAGUUACAAACAAGAGAUUGUUAGAUUAUUCAAAUGCUGCCAAGGAAGUAGCCGCCAAACAUAAAGUUGCAUUUGUUGAUACUUGGAACGCAUUCAGAGAAUAUGGAGGAUGGACUGAACAGCAAUUAUUUGAUGCUACAGGAUUGGGUGAAUGGGAAGUGGGUACUUUAGAACAUUUAGUUCCUGACGGGGUGCAUUUCAGUCCAUUGGCUUAUAAGAUUUUGUAUGAGAAACUAAUUGAGGCAAUUGAUAAGAACUAUCCUGAAUUAAACGCUGAUAAGUUACCUGAAAAGUUAUCUUACUGGAGAGAUCUUGAUCCAAGCAAUUACAAAAACCUCAUAUUUAACAAAGGAGAUUUAGACAAUUAGAAUAGAACUGUAUUUACCUUCUAAUAGAACAUGCCUGUUUUUUU